GGUUUGUUUGAUAUUCUACGAUCAACCGAAACAUUAGAAAAAGUAUUGUUUAUAAAUCUAUCUGCAAUAUCUUUAAUAUGCGAUAUCUUUAAUUUGAGAAUUUUGUUCAAUUUCUCAAAAGCACAUAACAGUGGAUUCUUUAAUACAUCAUAUCAAGCAUACUUUAUUGCAUUGCUUUACUGGAAUAUUCGACUGUUCGACUUGUAG